AGAUAGAUCGAAAAUUGAAUUACGGUCUAAACAGCUCUAGGAAGAGAGGCAAACAAACAAACAAACAACUACCUAUUGAUUUUCAGGACCUUCCUUUGCUCCCCCCCAAUCGUCUUCCGCCAAUACCCUGCCUUUCCAAUUUACUGUUUUUUAUGUUCAAUUUUAGCCUCCUCAACUGGACAACUCCUGCUGUUUGUCACCCAGAGAAGAAGACAGUGGAUGGUCCGUGGAAUUCUGGGGUUUUACCAACAUUUCGUGGUGACCCAGGAUUUCACGGAUUGGGAUAAAUAUAUAGAUGGGGAGUUAUACUGAAGAGGAAGCGGAUCGGUUCUUUGAUGCCCGUGAGGAGAUCUCUUCUCUGUCUGAUGGUGUUUCAGAUUGUUCUGAGGAAAGCUGUUCUAAUGAUAGGUUUGAUUUAGUCAAUGAUUAUUUAGAUAAUUUACAGUACAAGGUUUGGUGUAGAAGUCCAGAAAGUGUUAAUGAGCGCCGGCGUAGAUUCCAAAGAUGCUUGGGUUUAGGUUUAGAACAGGAUUUUGACUUUAAAAAAGAUGAAGGAGAUUCCCCAAGUGAUGAAAUCCAAUUGGGUAUUGAUAGAAUUACUCAAGAUGGUGGGGCGGUAUUGAGGACUUCAAAUUUUGAACAUGAGUUUUUUUCAAGUCAAUCUCUUUUCUCUACUUGGGCAGAUGAUGCUGAGGAACCCAGGGAAAAUCAUGCUUUGGAUGAUGACAUUGGGCAUGCUGUCAAUAAUUUGGAUGGUGGAAUGGAUGAACGGGGUUGUGAUGGAAUACUACACUGCUCCCAAGGAGCAUUCUCUAACCAGUCUGUUAGUUCUGAAGAGCAUAAUAAGAUGACUCUCUUAUCAUCUUCUUUGGAUAAACAGCUCUUGCAUGCAGAAGUUAACAAUGAAAAGCCUUUGGUUGUUCCAAAAAAGGUGAAACAAAGUUGGUUGAGGAAAUUAGGUGUCAUGGCGCAUCUUGUUGACCAUCAUGGGGAAGAUAUGUUGAAGACCAGUAGUGAUAAUGAAUCAACUUCCAAGGCAAGGAUGAAAAGACUUCGGAUUCAUACAUAUUCCAAGCGUUCCAAGGAGCUGUCUUCCCUUUACCCUGGACAAGAAUUUGUAGCACAUGACGGGUCAAUAUCGACAAUGAAGUUUAGUCUGGAUGGACAAUACUUAGCAAGUGCUGGCAAAGAUUGUAUUGUGCGUGUGUGGAAGGUUAUUGAGGAUGAGAGGAUAGAUUCAUUUGACACACAAUGUAAUGACCCUUCAUGUCUCUACUUCAAGAUGAAUCAUCUUUCACAGCUAGUCCCUCUGAAUGUGGGUAAAGGGGAAGUGGAUAAAAUGCCGAGACCAUGGAUACCAGCUGACUCGACUUGUGUUAUUUUCCCACCAAAUGGCUUCCAGAUUUUGGAGAAGCCUGCACAUGAAUUUCAUGGACACAGUGGUGAAAUUUUGGAUCUCUCAUGGUCUAAGAGAGGGUCUCUUCUGUCAUCAUCUGUUGAUAAAACUGUUCGUCUAUGGAAAGUGGGAGAUGAAAGAUGCCUAAGAGUUUUCUCUCAUAACAAUUAUGUGACUUCUGUUGCAUUCAAUCCUGUGGAUGAUAAUUAUUUCAUCAGUGGUUCAAUUGAUGGAAAAGUACGAAUCUGGGAAGUGUUUCACUGUAAAGUUGUUGAUUACACUGAUGUAAGGGAUAUAGUCACUGCUGUCAGCUAUCGACCUGAUGGAAAGGGUGGAAUGGUGGGCUCCAUGAUUGGCAACUGUCGUUUUUAUGAAAUCAUAGACAAUCAAUUGAGACUGGAAGCUGAAAUAUGCUUACAAGGCAAAAAGAAAUUGUCUGGAAAGAGGAUCACUGGCUUUCAGUUUUCCACAACUGACCCAAGCAAAGUCAUUGUCACGUCAGCUGAUUCCCUUGUGCGGGUAUUAUCUGGAGUAGAUGUCGUAUGCAAAUUCAAGGCAUCAGGGUUUCGGAUUGCUGCCAGUCAGAUGUUUGCAACUUUCACCCAAGAUGGGAAACAUGUCAUUUCUGCAAGUGAGGAUUCUAAAGUUUACAUCUGGAACUACACAAAUCAAGAUAAGAACUCUUCCCGAACUAAGAAAAUUUGGUCUUGCGAGAGUUUCCUGUCUCAUAAUGUAUCGGUUGCUAUACCAUGGUGUGGUGUUGAAACCAUGCCAGGAUCACUUCCAUCAUCAACUUUGAGUGAGAAUGUGCGGAGGAAUAGCUUCAUAAACCAGCAGAAGCAUCAGAAUCCUAAGGCGGACCUGGAACAGAAAAUGUCCCACUCUUCACCAGAUUGUCUCUCCUUGACACGACAUCUAUUGGAGUCUUUGAUGAAGGGUCCCAUGACUUGGCCAGAAGAGGCACUUCCUAAUUCAAGUCCUGCGAAGAUAACACCUGAAAUGUGCAAAUCAAAGUUAAAGAUUCUUAAAAAUGCUUGCCAGAGCAAGUUAAGUUCUCCUCAUUUGUGGGGUCUUGCAAUUGUUGCUGCAACCUGGGAUGGAAAGAUUCGAACCUACUGCAAUUAUGGGUUACCAAUUCGAAUUUAGACUGCUCAUAGUCUAGCUAUAGUUGUUUGAGCAUCAUAAGUCCCAUUGAUGCUUAAUUGUUGUAACAUUAGGUUCAUGUGGCCCUCAAUAAUAGAUUCUGAAGUGUAUUAUAUAUAGAGUUGAAUCAGGACAUGCAAGACUGCAGUGGCUUAUCUCGGCAAACUCCGACCAGAUUCCACUUUAGUGGCUAGGGUUUAAUUUUUGUAUUGGAUUACUCCCUGUAUACAAGAUGUAAUGAUUCUUUAAUUUGUUUAUAGAUUGUGUUUUAACAGAAUUCUUUAAUGUGGCU